AUAAUACUACUUGGAAUCUUCACGUUGUGAUGCAAGGAGGAUAUCUGCAGUUCAAGGUUAAUACUAUCUGUGGGGACAAACAGAGUACUGAGGUUGGCAUGGAAAUCAACUACACAGAGCUGGUGAGGGAUUUGGAGUGCUACAUCCAUUCCGCUAAACAAACUCGCUGCUCCUGGCUCCCGGGCAGUCAUGCUCCAGAUUUAAAGUUUUACUAUCGUUUAUUGAAUGAGGAUUUCAGCGCCUCUCCAGACGACAAGUCCCCCGUCAUCCUAAAAGAGUGCUCCCUGUACGCUGAAGGGGGGAAGACUGCUUGUGAUCUGGAGGCGAGCAUCAGCCAGUCCAUUGAGAUCUUGAUAAAUGGAACGCAUAACAACAGCUUUGCCAGGAACACCUUUAAGAAAAAUCCUAAUGUGAGACCUCCUGCCCUUAAGUGGACAGUCAAUAAAUCUGGGAAUAAAUUCCUUAUCAACUGGACUCCUCCUGACAUCCAAGUGAAAUGGACAUACAUAGUAAAUUACACCGAAUGUGUUGAAACAAAGACUAAAUCAGUUGGAAAUGGAGAAACAUCCAUUGUGUUGGACCUGGUCCCGCACUGUCCGUACAGUUUUGCCAUUAAAGCAACGUGUACUCGAGGAGGGACACCUUGGAGUGAUGUAAAGAACUUUGCUGCAGAAACGGAUCCUAAUGCGUGGCGGUAUGCUGCCGCCAUCGUCCCAUUGAUGUUCGCCGGCCUGGCGGUCCUGGCUUUUGUGUGUUUCAGGAAGCAUAAGGAACAUAUUUUUCCCAAAGUACCAGAACCUCGGGACCUUGUUAGUGAUAUUUUUGACAACAACAAUAAGAGCACUGUUUGCAACCUGUACAUCCCGGCAGAGGAAGAAGACAACUGUAAAGUCACUCUAGUGGAAGAGCCCUAACUCAAAAAAUUGGACUAUUGUCCCGUCUCCGCAGUGGCAACAACUUGAAUCCGCAACAGC